AAGUAUGAACCUGAAAAUGAGCAACAUAUGGGACCUUUAAAUGUAUUCCUGCCCCUGCUCCUGGAGCCCUCAGCUCCUCAUAUGGUCACGGUGUCCCCGCCCAUGAAGCUCCAGCAGCAGACUCCCACCACUAGUGUCUCCGCCCAGUGCGUGAGUCUGGAAGAUAACAGUGGAAACUGGGCAGGGUUUUCCUGCACAUGAAAGCAGCCUUCUGUGUGUGCACACUGUACUUUCUCUUUUGGAGAGAUGAUGACACGCUGACUGCCUUUAACUUCCACUCGCUGUGACAUUUUCCUGCUUCAGUGUUGCACAACUUUGGGAAGUACGCGCAUUUGUUGUGAGCGCUGAAGGAGGAAUGCACGGAUCUGGUUGCUUUUCCUCUCGAACAGCGUCGUGACUUCGGCCAACCUGCUGUGUCUUAACUCUCUUGUGUUUUUUAUCUGAGCCGUGCAAUCCACAGUAAACAUGCAGCAUGUUGCGUGGUUGCACCUCUAACAGGUUUGCAACGUCGUGCCUGUCUGUGCAGAAGACGCAGCUCCAUAUUAUGGGUAACCUCCGUGCGUAAAGCUGGCUCUCCAUGGAGGAGGACUGGUGGUGGAGAAGCCUCAUCAUCACAACGCGCACUUUAAAGACAAGUGAGAAGUGAAUAUUGAAAUAUGAUGAGUCAGGACCACGACGGGAUCUCCUUACCGGUGCCUUGCUUCGGAGUGUGUCCCAGCAGAGUGAGCCUCGGUGGGGAGAGCUGCAGCAGCAGUGGAGGAGGAGGUGGAGGAGGUGGAGGGAUACCUGCAGCUGGGACUUUCUGGCAGGACUCGGUGAUCGGUGGUGGUGGAGGUGGCGGGUUAUGCACGACUCCAGUGAGCAGUCCUCUGGAUGGAGGGGGUCUGCUCUCCAAGUCACCGUGCAAAAGCAGGCCGGUGACGGUGGCCUACGUGGUGAACGGAGAGGCGAGCCAGCAGAACAACGCGGAGAGCAUGGCUCUGCAGUGUCUGAAGGACGCCUGCGACACGGUGGGCAGCAAGCUGGAGACCGUCAACUUUGGCAAGCUGGACUUUGGGGAGACAACGGUGCUGGACAGCUUCUACAAUGCAGACAUCGCUGUGGUGGAGAUGACGGACGCCUUCCGCCAGCCCUCGCUCUUCUACCACCUGGGGGUCAGAGAGAGCUUCAGCAUGGCCAACAACAUCAUCCUGUACUGCGACACUAACUCCGACUCCCUCCAGUCUCUGCAGGACAUAAUUUGCCAGAAGAACACUACGUGUUCAGCCAACUACACCUUCAUCCCGUACAUGGUGACGCCCCACAACAAGGUGUACUGCUGUGAGAGCAGCCUGAUGAAGGGCCUGACGGAGCUGAUGCAGCCCAGCUUCGAGAUGCUGCUGGGGCCCAUCUGCAUGCCGCUGCUCGACCGCUUCGCCCAGCUGCUCAAAGUGUCGCAGGCAAACUCCCACUUCUUCUCUCACAGCCAGUAUUUCCGAGAGACGAUCCUGAAUGAGAUCCGUAGGGCUCGGGAGCUGUACACCGGCAUGGAGCUGUCCGCCGAGCUGAGCCGCAUCCAGCAGCGUCUGGACAACGUGGAGUGCCUUUCGGUCGACAUCGUCAUCAACCUGCUGCUGACAUACAGGGACAUCCAGGAUUAUGAGUCCAUCGUGAAGCUGGUGGAGACUCUGGAGAAGCUUCCGACCUUUGACCCCGUGGCUCAUCCACAUGUGAAGUUCCACUACGCCUUUGCACUGAAUCGGAGGAACCUGCCGGGCGACAGACAGAAGGCUCUGGACAUAAUGCUGCCCCUGGUGGAGGGCGAGGAGCAGGUGGCCUCGGACAUCUACUGCCUGGUGGGACGGAUCUACAAGGACAUGUUCCUGGAGUCUCACUUCACUGACACGCCGAGCAGAGACAGUGGCACACACUGGUUUAAAAAGGGGUUCGCGUCAGAGCCGACACUACACUCUGGGAUCAACUAUGCUGUUCUACUCCUGGCAGCCGGACACCAGUUUGAGACGUCUUUGGAGCUUCGUAAAGUGGGAGUGAAGCUGAGCAGCCUGUUGGGGAAAAAAGGCAGCCUGGACAAGCUGCAGAGCUACUGGGACGUGGGCUUCUUCCUGGGCGCCAGCAUCCUGGCCUGCGACAACACCAGGGUCAUCCAGGCCUCUGAGAAACUCUUCAAACUCAAAGCCCCCAUCUGGUACCUGCGCUCGCUGGUGGAGACCAUCCUGAUCUACCAGCAGUUUAAGAAACCCGGCAUGGAGCAGCCGGCGCCCAAGCAGGAGCUGGUGGACUUCUGGAUGGACUUUCUGGUGGAGGCCACCAAGAAAGACGUCUCCUCUGUCCGAUUUCCUGUGUUGAUAUUAGAGCCCACUAAAGUGUACCAGCCUUCAUAUUUGUCCAUAAACAAAGACGUGGAUGACAACACGGUGUCUAUCUGGCAUGUCGCCCCUGAUGACAAGCACAAGGGGAUUCACGAGUGGAACUUCAGCGCCACAUCAGUACGAGGUGUCAGCAUCUCCAAGUUUGACGAGCGCAGUGCCUUCCUCUACGUGCUCCACAAUGCAGAGGACUUCCAGAUCUACUUCUGCACAGAGAUGCACUGUAAAAGAUUCUGCGAUCUGGUCAACAGCAUAGCAGAGGAGGCCUGGAAAGGUCCAGAGGAGGGAGACUGUGACGCCGACGCCUUAGAGUACGACUAUGAGUACGAUGAGCACAGAGAGAGGGUGGUUCUGGGAAAAGGCACAUUUGGAGUCGUGUACGCGGGCCGAGACCUCAGCAACCAGGUCCGCCUGGCCAUCAAAGAAAUACCAGAGAGAGACAGCAGGUACUCUCAGCCGCUCCACGAGGAGAUCGCUCUCCACAAGCACCUGAAGCACAAGAACAUCGUCCAGUACCUCGGCUCCAUCAGCGAGAACGGUUUCAUAAAGAUCUUCAUGGAGCAGGUGCCUGGAGGAAGUCUGUCUGCUCUGCUGAGGUCCAAGUGGGGCCCUCUGAAAAACAACGAGCCCACCAUCGGCUUCUACACGCGGCAGAUCCUGGAGGGACUCAAGUACCUGCACGACAACCAGAUAGCUCACAGAGACAUCAAGGGCGACAACGUUCUCAUCAACACCUACAGCGGCGUCCUGAAGAUAUCUGAUUUUGGCACAUCCAAGAGGUUGGCUGGGAUCAACCCCUGCACUGAGACUUUCACAGGCACACUUCAGUACAUGGCUCCUGAAAUCAUAGACAAGGGUCCUCGAGGGUACGGCAAGCCAGCGGACAUCUGGUCUCUGGGCUGCACCAUCAUAGAGAUGGCAACUGGGAAACCACCUUUCUAUGAGCUGGGAGAGCCGCAGGCCGCUAUGUUCAAGGUGGGCAUGUUUAAGAUCCACCCCGAGAUCCCAGAGUCCAUGUCGCUGGAGGCCAAAGCCUUCAUCCUGCGCUGCUUUGAGCCAGACCCGGACCGCCGCGCCACCGCCUUCGACCUGCUCACCGACGAGUUCCUCACCGUCACCAGCCGCAAGAAGAAGGGCAAAAGCAGCUUCACAGCUCUGUCACCGGGUUCUGAGUACCUGCGCAGUAUCUCCCUGCCGGUGCCGGUGGUGGUGGAGGACACCAGCAGCAGCAGCGAGUACGGCUCCGUCUCCCCUGACAACGACCUCAACAUCAACCCCUUCAUCUUCAAGCCCAGCGUGAAGUGCUACAGCGAGAGGGAUGUCAAGGGGCCGAGGUCCCUCUUCCUCAGCAUUCCAGUGGAGAACUUCGAGGACCACAGCGCGCCGCCGUCUCCCGAUGAGAAGGAUUCGGGCUUCUUUAUGCUUCGGAAGGACAGCGAGAGACGAGCCACGCUGCACCAAAUCCUGACCGAGGACCGGGACAAAGUGGUGGCCAACCUGAUGGAGGCGCUCACACAGGGCUCUGAGGAAAUGAAGCUGAAGCCUCAGCACAUCUCCACUCUCGUGGUCAGCCUGGCCGACUUUGUUCGCAUGGCGGACAGGAAAAUCAUCGCCAACACGUUGUCUCAACUCAAGCUGGAGCUGGACUUCGACAGCACCGCCAUCAGUCAGCUGCAGGUCGUGCUGUUUGGCUUCCAGGACGCUGUAAACAAAGUGCUGCGAAACCACAACAUCAAGCCUCACUGGAUGUUCGCUCUGGACAACAUCAUCCGCAAAGCCGUGCAGACCGCCAUCACAAUCCUGGUGCCAGAGCUGAGGCCUCACUUCAGCCUGGCCUCAGAAAGCGACGCGGCCGACCAGGAGGACGUCGACGACGACGGCGAGCCGGAGAGAAACCAGAGCCGGGCACCUACUGUCGCCGCUCACGACGACCCCGUGGUCACCUCGGGAGUCAGCACGCUCAGCUCCACCGUCUCACACGAGUCCCAUAAUGCACAGCGCUCUGUGAGCAUGGAGCUGGGCCGCAUGAAGCUGGAGACCAACAGGCUGAUGGAGCAGUUGCUGGAGAAGGAGAGAGAAUAUCAGGCCAUCCUGCAACAAGUGCUGGAGGAGAGAGAGCAUGAGAUCAGACUACUGAGGCUGCGAUCUGAGCCCGCAGAUGUCCCGUCGUCACCAGGUGAACCUGAUGGACAGAGGAGUCCACCUGCAGAGAGACAGGAAGACUCAGAGAUGACCAGCUGGCUGAGGCUUUACGGCGCCGACCAGGACGCCAUAGACAGAAUACUGAACGAGGAGUACACGUUGAACGACAUCCUCCACGAUGUAACAAGAGACGAUCUGAGGAGUUUAAGACUGAGAGGUGGGAUCCUGUGUAAACUAUGGAAGGCCAUCACAGACUACAGGCAGAAGCCAACCUGAGGCCUUAAGUGGCGACAACCACUCAGAGAAGCCAGGACCUUUGUCCCAACAGCUCAGUAUUCUCCUCUUUACCUCAGUAUUUAUAAGAGCAAGACUUUUAGGAGAAGAACCUGUGUUCGCCGUGAGCAGCUUUCCACUCGUACAAGAAACUCUUUGACUGGUCUUGUCGGAGUAUUUUGAUAAUUUUGGAAAACAAAAAGGUCACUUUGAAAGCAUCAAUUACUGAGAAGUGCCACUAGUUUUGCUACGGCUGACGGACGUCACACAGCUUUUUGUUACAUGUGCGUUAAAAAUGACAAUUGGUGAGAAAAUCUAUUGAAAACUGUCAAAACAUUUUUCUCCUCUUUACAAGAUGUAACGUUUACAGAACUGGAGACUGACAGUUUUCUAAUACAAGCCUGAGAUACAAACAAAAUACUACAAAAUCAUCUGUACUAAUGUUUUUUCUUUUUUAUCAUAGGCAUCGUAUCACUACUUUAUUUAAAUGUAUUUUUAAUUUAAUUGUUAUGGUAAUCUGAAGGAUGUCAGUGCAUGCCCUGUUUUUAUUUUUAUCCAGAUUUAUUUAAUUUUUUUUUUCCACAUUUCCUUUUAUAAUACGAAUCUACAUUUUUAUUUUUCAGACACGUGUAAAUAUUGAGUUAUAGAAUUAUAUGUGAAUGACAUUUCCGUACUUUAAAAACACAUUGAUUACAUAGUUAAAUCUCCAUGUGGAUUGGACCGAGUCUAUAAUGAACACAAGUGAAAAAUUAAUUGUAUAUUUUCUAGUGUCAAAGAUCAUAGGAUAUAUAGUAUUUACUUAGUAAUUAAUAUUAUCUUGCUUGUGUAGAUAUGAUCAUUCAAUCAGAUGUAUGUUGUAAUGAAAAAAAAAUCUGAAAUGCAAGCAAAUUUCAUAUGAAAGAGCCUUUUUUAUGUAAAAAAACAUGAUGUCAGAAAUGGGGAACAUAAUCAUGAGCAGUGUGUCCGUUUUGUUUCAUAUCUAAAAUUAUUCAAGAUUUUUGUGUCAUAUUGUUAAAAUAAAACUUUCCAUCUUGAAACUGUGAAA